CCACAACAGCCCCCGCGCCUGCUUGACCACCAUAAGACCGCACACACGCAUACGCAUGUCGACACCGGCCAGCCGGAGGAACACCGCGGAGGGCGUCUUGGAACCGGACAUCACCUCGUCACACUCGCUGUGACUGCUACUGAGGCAUUGAGCCCGCGCACCCGCGCACCACCGCACCACGCCAUGACCGAAGUCCUGCACACGCCGCGCGAGGGCUCGCCGUUCGGCGGCCCUGCCAUGGCACGCACCACCUCGUCGAACAACCUGUACAGCGCCCUGGCCUCGCCGCGGCGGAACCACUUCUCGCUCAACGACCUGCGCGUGCAGGCCGAGCCGUCCGAGUCGUCUCGCGCCUCGUCCCUGCACUCCGAGUCCUCCAGCAGCCUGUCGCUGGACACCAGGCUCGACGAGUCGAGCAGCGAAGACGACGCCCUCGCCUUCCCCGACUACAGCAAGAGUCGGCGGAGCUACGGCACCGCCACCGACGCCUACGAGCACGACGACUCGCCGAGCAUCAAGAUCAGCGGCGAGCAAUUACCGCCGUUCGAGCGCCCCACAGCCGUCGAAGAUCCGUUUUCAUCCGACACGCCCUUGACGACACCAGACCCAGUGCCCGUCUCCGAGGACGACACCGCCGUGCGAAAGGAGCCGUCGCAUCACGUGGACUAUCUGUCUUACGUGUGGAGAGAAGAGGACAUCUGGUCCUCGUGGCGACACAUCGUCGAGCACCGGAGCGUUUACGGCGAACGCUCCAGGCUCGAGAAUGCCUCGUGGCGGACGUGGGCCAAGUCGCAAUUCAAAUUAAAGACGGUGUCGCCCGAAACACUUAAUUGGCUCAAAGACGUCGACGUAACAUGGCUGUACGGGCCCAUGCAGCCUGCAUGCAACAGAUUUGCCUCGCAGCAGAAUUCGGAGCCCGUCAGCCGCUUGUCCAAGAGCAGUUCCUUCCUGGGCAAUGUGAGGAAGCCAAUCCUUAAGAAACGCAGCAUGUCGGAGGCAAUGCUGCAGAAGUCCCUGUCGUCGUCAUCACUGGUGGCCGAGGCCGCAGAGAUGGCUCAGCAACAGCGUGCUCCGGCCGCUGUGUCACUUGAGCGCCGGAAACCCCGACCAAUCAUCGGCCGCAAAACCUCCGAUUUCCCCACCGCCUCGUCAUUAAUGUCAAGGACCACGAGUCGGGAACCCACAGAUUAUUUCACCUCAAGAUCCACAUCAGGCCUCCACACGCCGUAUGAUGGCGAGAAGAAGCACAUUCGGUUCGACGACAAUGUCGAGCAGUGCAUCGCAAUUGAGACAAAAGACGGAGACGAGGAUGAAGAUGACUUCAACCACAACCCCUGGGCAUCGCAGAAUGACGAAGAUUCGUCGUCCGAUGAGGGGGUCGUCAUGAUGAAGCGUUCUCGGAAGAACAGAAGGAAGCCGCUAUCAAGAACCUCGUCAAAGACCAGCAUAAGCAGCAGCAAGAUUGGGAACAAGACGAUUGAAAAGCUGCCGUCCACGACAUUAAAGUAUCGAACGGACUCUCCAGACGUUAGCGAGCAGCAACAGUCUCAUUCAUUGGGAUUCUGGAGAUCGAGCAGGUUGUCACCCUCGCCAUCCCAAGAAACCCUUCGACCAUCGCAUCCGUCGUCAAACUUCCUUCUCCCCGAUGAUGAGGACGACGAAGAGGGUUUCAAUCCGUCGGGGGCGUUUGCCGUUCAGCGUACAGCCACACCAACCACGUCGGACCUAUACUCGCAACGAAACAAGCACCUCGGCAUCGCCUCUGAAUCAGGUGGUUUACGGAGGACAGCGUCGGGCAUGAUUGCACCCUUCGAAGACGCCGAUGACGAGCCUCAACGUGGAGGCAUACUAGGCAGCGUUGUAGAUACAGUGAAUACCGCAAGAGACAUAGCACACGUGAUUUGGAACGUGGGGUGGAAGAAUUAAGAGACCGGGAUGUAGAUGAGGAAUGGGAGGUCAUCACUAGCGACAGGCGUUCUCGGCUUCCUUCUACUGUAGCAUUCUUUAGGAUACGGUUCUGUACGGGUACA